CGCCACCCCAGGCCUGUCCAGCUCCACCUUUCCCGGGCCCUGGCCACUCCUGGGACCCCUGACCCGCAACUCCAAAACCCCGCCCCGGGAUCGGUCCCUGCCGGGCUUCAGGACCGAGGCCACACCCCCUGGGACCCUGACUCUGCCCAGUCCCGGACCCCUGAGCACUCGUCUGGUCGCUGCCUGUGAGGAAGAUGCCACUGUUGCUCCGCUGUCCCUGCCACCGCGUUCUUCUCCUCCUGGCCCUGCUGCUGCCUUCGCCACUCCCGGCCCGCGCGCCCGCGGCCCCGGGCCCCGCCGCUGCUCUGCUCCAGGCUCUCGGGCUGCGUGACGCGCCUCAGGGCGCCCCCAAGCCCCAGCCCGUCCCCCUCGUCAUGUGGCGCCUGUUCCGCCGCCGGGACCCCCAGGAGGCCAGGGUCAGCCCACGACGGAUGCUCGCGGGGGCCGCCCUACGACCCUGCCACGUGGAGGAGCUGGGGGUCGCUGGAAACAUCGUGCGCCACGUCCCGGAUCGAGGUGCGCGCGCCCGGGUCCCGGAGCCCUUGGCCGCAGGGCAGUGCCCGAGGUGGAUGGUCAUCUUCGACCUGUCGGCUGUGGAAUCCUCAGAGCAUCCGAGCCGGGCCCGCCUGGAGCUGCGCUUCGCGGCAGAGGAAGCGGCGAUGGGGACGGAGGGCGGCUGGGAGUUGAGCGUGGCGCGGGCUGCCGAGGGCGCGGGUGUGGGUCCGGUGCUGCUCCGCCAGGCCGUGGUCUCGCUGGGGACGCCAGUGCGCGCCGAGCUGCUGGGCGCCGUCUGGUCCCACAACACCUCAGUGCCACGCCAUCUCCAUCUGGUGCUGGCGCUGCGCCAUCGGGCCGCCAGUGAAUGCGUCCGCCUGGCCGAGGCCUCGCUGUUGCUGGUGACCCUCGACCCGCGCCUGUGCCACCCGCUAGCCCGGUCGCGGCGGGAGGCCGACGCCGCGAUGGGUGGUGGUUCUGGGGGCUCCUGUCGCACGCGGCGGCUCUAUGUGAGCUUCCGAGAGGUGGGCUGGCACCGCUGGGUCAUCGCACCGCGCGGCUUCCUGGCCAACUACUGCCAGGGACAGUGCUCGCUGCCCGCCACGCUGCCAGGGCCCGGUGGGCCACCUGCGCUCAAUCACGCCGUGCUGCGCGCGCUCAUGCACUCGGCCGCCCCCGGCGCCGCCGGCCUGCCCUGCUGUGUGCCCGCGCGCCUGUCACCCAUCUCCGUGCUCUUCUUUGACAACAGCGACAACGUGGUCCUGCGGCACUACGAAGACAUGGUGGUGGACGAGUGCGGCUGCCGCUGACGGAACGGGCAUGAGCGGGAACACAAUAAACACUGGGUGGUUUGAGCUGCGCCUCUUUCAGUCUUGUCACCUGGGCCUGGGGGAGGACUGCUGCAUCCAUGCAAUGGACGUCAGGUUGGUGGGGUCGCAGGGUGUGGGGUCCUAUGGUGGAGCCACCUGCUCUC